AUGCCACCCCCGAUCCCAGAAGCACCUGGGCUUAGACUGAGUGUGAUUCAUCGCUAUGAGCUGCUAGGCUGCCAGCUGGGAACAUCAGGAGCUGUGACCAGCGUCCUGCGUCAUGGUUUUGGAAGGGAGCCAGCGAAGCUGGCUUCCUCACCUGAAAAAGGUGCCCAGGGACCCAGGGCUGAGAAGAAGCCCCGCCCAGCCUCUGUGCGGCCAGUGGGGCCGGAGGAGGAGCUGACCCUCAAAGUCGCCUCACAGCCUAAGGGACCUCAGGCAAGCCUUCGCCCGGGUCACCCCGCACCCCAGCCGCCACGCCGGCGCCGGGCACCCCCAACCCGCCCCGCCCCCGUCCCGCCCCCGUCCCGCCGACCCCGCCCCCCAGCCGGGGCUGCGGCCACAGGUGCGCGCGGCGGGCGGCGCCGGGCGCUGGGGAAGGGGCGGGGCGCCCUGCGCGCGGCUCUGCGCUCGCGGGCUCGGGGCGCGCGGUCCCCCGGGUCCCCCCGCCCGCCGUGCUGCCCGCGGCUGGCAGGAGCGGGCGCGGCGCGGGAGGCGGCGGCGGGCACGACCCGGCGGGAGCGACGGGGAGCCGAGCGGAGCCCCAGCCCCUUCCCGCCCGCUGCGCCGGCGCCGCGCGUGAGCCCCGGGCCCGCGGAGAGAUGA